AUGAGCAGCUUGAGCAGUAACGACAGCAAAUCUUCCUUGAACGACAGCAAAUCAUCGCUGAAAGCAGUGGCAUUUGCAUCAUCCGUCAAAGAACCAACAAUCAAUGACUCGGCUCCUCUGAAUGACCCACCCAUUAUCUUCUCCAACAUCAAGUCUCAGGGCAGAGUCAUGAUGUUCGACGAAGAGACCAUUGGGUUCAAAACGGUCCCAGAUGACCAGCUUGUGGUUUGUGCACUUGAUGGUUCAGCUCGCUCGUUAACUAACCAUGACAGAAAACCCUCUUUUCAUAAGAACACCAAUUCUUUUGACUUUAAGCUACUGGCACGCAAGUUCAGUUUGUAA